AGAUCCAUUUUACAUAAACAUCUAGACGAUUUUCUUAGACAGUCAGGCAGUUACCACACACACACACACACCCUACACACGUGGUCUAUAAACAAAAUGGAACACAGAGUUGAAUUGUUGUUGGAACCCAUAGUGGCGUACAAGUUGGAGCGCAGAUCGGAUAACAGACCAAACAAGGUGGAGGAGGAGGAGCCGCAUCUAACCAAGCAGCUCAAGAAGCACUACGGGAUUGAGGCAGAAGUUCUGGGUCUCCUUAUCAAGCUGGAGAUGCGGUAUAAGGAAUACUACAAUCUAUACAAGUGCGAAAUGAAGGCCCAAAAGAUACUGGUUGAACGGAUAUGGCUGCUAACCCAGCGAUAUCUGAUCCUGAUCAGUUCCGAGCAGAGCUGCCGCUAUCCCGAAGUGUACACCUUGUCCACCGAGGAGGCCAUUAUCAACGAGUAUGAGGAAAAAUUGGAAGUGCUGCGAGCUUCAAACAACAAAAUGAAAAACACCCUGAUGGAAAUCAAUCAGCAGUGCAAGGAGUUCUAUGCCGCCUACGAACGGCUGGACAAGGCCCAGGAAACGCCCUUCAUCAUGGGCGAUAGCCAUCAUAGAAGCAUCAGGUACCACAAGAUCAUGGCCGUCGACAUUUUUAACUAUUUGUACGCAACGGUGCUGAAGCUCAAGUGCUUCAUGCAUCAGCUGGAUCCCGUGAAUCUGGAGAGUGUCGAGGAGUACCGGGAUCUGCUUCAAAACGAAUCCGCCAUGGAGGAGUUUGAGGAGUAUCUUAACAAUCAAUUUGUCUACUGCAAGUGCAUGUACCCCAUACCAACCUGCCCCAUCUUGAAGCUCAAGUGUUCACACCAAAACAUAGCAAAUUUAAAGUAUGUCAGUCGCAUCUAAUCAAGCCAAAAUGUGCAAUAAAUAGAAGCCCUAUUAAA